AUGAAUAAAAACUACACUGAACCCCUCAUAGCCUCUGAUCGCCUGGAUGAAAUUCCAGUUCACGUGUGGAAAAGUUUGCCGGAUUAUCUGAAUCUUGGACCGUCAGCUGUAAAUCAAAGCCGUGUUGGUGUCUGGGCCACUAAAGUCAUCCCAAAAGGAAAGCGUUUUGGUCCGUUUGUUGGAGAGAAGAAGAAAAGGUCCCAGGUGACCAGUAAUGUUUACAUGUGGGAGGUGUAUUUCCCGGCGCGGGGGUGGAUGUGCAUUGAUGCCACAGACCCCAUGAAGGGGAACUGGCUCAGAUAUGUGAACUGGGCUCAAUCCAGUGGCGAGCAGAAUCUUUUCCCGCUGGAGAUCAACAGAGCCAUUUUCUACAAAGUUCUGAGGCCAAUCAGAGCGGGAGAAGAGCUGCUGGUGUGGUACACUGUGGAAGACAACCCCGAGAUAACAGCUGCACUGGAGGAAGAAAGAGCCAGCAGCCUGAGCAGGAAAAACUCACACAGGGCGAAGCGAGUCAGAAGGAAGCUGCUAGAGAAAGCCAGACAGGCUGGUUUGGGUGGAUUCAAUAAAACAAGUGGAACCAAACCUACUGUUGGGGGGAUGUGGGAAGUGGGAGAAGGUGUUAAGGAGGACGAUUCAGACAUCUCGCAGGAAGUCAAGGAACCCUGUCUCGUGGAAAACACAGCCCGUAAAGAUGGGCAGGGUGUGUCAGCAUCAGUGAUGAACAGGGGAAAUUGGGCAGAAGUGGAAGAUGAGGAAGAAGAGGAGGAGGAUGAAGAAGAAGAGGAUUGUGAUGAUUCAAAUGAUCACCAAACUUCUCAGCAGUCAGCUGUGGUUGACAAGCAGUCUGGCCCAACAUUAACCAGUGAGUCAAAAAGCCAUAAUAGUUCACGUGCAAAGUUGAAAAUUUCUUUUGCCCAACAAGAGCAGGAGGUCGAUCCUGAUGAGUUUGAGGGGAACCCCCAAGAAGAAUCCUACCCCUGUCACCACUGUGAGCGCCACUUCUCCAGCAGACAAGGUCUGGAGCGUCACAUACACAUUCACGGUGUCGGCGGCCAGCAAGCACAACUCUUUAAGUGCCGAUACUGCAGUAAAUCCUUUGGCUCACAAGUGGGACGGCGGCGGCACGAGAGAAGGCAUGAAAGUGCGUUGAAGAAAAGGCCCAGCUCCCUGGCUGGAUCUGUCAGUCUGCUCAGCCCUGUGGUGCAAACAGAUUCAAGUCCUGACUGCACCAGCCCGAUGAGUCACUACGCAGCCAUUGGGUCCCAGUUUACUCAAAGCUCCGAGAUGCAGAGAAAGGAGUUUGACCGCCCUUCAGUGUUUGAUGAAAAUGGUGAAUCAAAGGAACUCCAUCCUUGCAAGUACUGCAACAAAGCAUUUGGGACACACACCAACAUGCGCAGACACCAACGCAGAAUACACGAGAGACACUUGUUACCCAAGGGAGUCCGCAGGAAAGGCAUGCUGUUACAAGAGGCAUCGACGCAGCAGCUUGGUGAAUCCCCCAGCGCAAGCCCUCCACCCGUCUACGUGCCCAGCGCUGACACAGAGGAUGAAGCUGACAGGGAUGAUUAUGCAAUUGACAUAUCCAAAAACAUCUCAGAAAAUCUCAGCUUCUACAUUGAUGGCAAAAUAGUGUCUACCAGUGCAGUGAGCAGCUGUGAGGUGAUCGAAGUGGACACGAGAUCAGCAGCUUUGUUUGGUCUGGACACGGUCAUUAUCAGCCCAAAUCAGAUUAGUCAAGCGCUGAAGGUGGAGGGAAGGACAAGUGCUACAAGACAAAUCUCCACAAGUGAGCAGCCAGCAGCAAAAAGGAGAACAUCAACACCCCCCCUUGUUACUGGCCUCAAAGUGGAGACUGACACAACACCGUCAUCCUCUUCAUCAUCCUCAUCUAACCUGCUAAUGGGGGGAUUGUUUCAGCAAGCAACAGAUCCAUCAACACUUCAGAGGGAGAAAACUGUUUAUCUCUCUCCUAAGCUCAAACAGCUCCUUCAAACUCAAGACUUCCAAAAAUCAACAAUAGCCCUUUUAACAGAAAGCCACAGACUGGCCACACCUCUGACGGUCGCAUCACUACAAGGAUGUGCAGGGAAAUUUAAAAGAAGAACAGGCUCUCCCCCUUCCUCCCCACAGCUCAGUCCUGCAUGUAAAACUGAAAGCUGUAAAGCUGAAGUUGCGAGCACACACACCCUUAAGGUGCCAAAGCUGGAAAGCCACAGUGUGCCGCCUCCUGAAAGCCUGGUGGAUAAAGAUGACGGAGAUCUCCUGAAUCCUUCUGGGAAUGCGGCGCACAGCCAAGCAUCGUCUAGCGGUGAAGGAGACUCCUGUAAUCAGCAGCCCUUGGAUCUUUCAAACACUGUCAGCAGAAGAAGUGAUGGUUUGAAUACGGCGCACGGAGAUUCAGCUCUGGAUCUGAGUUUUCAUCGAAAGCCUGCCGUUGAACUAGAAUCAAAGGGAAACCCAGCACAACAGUCUCUAAUAAAAAAGAAAAAACCGAACACCAGCAUGCUUGAAAAGGUGCUAAUGAAUGAAUACGCUGGUUUAAUACUGCCAGGAGAGGAAGGACCCUCAGCCUUGGCAAACCUGAGCUGUUUUCAUUCUCCAUCUCCAAAUGUUGCAUCAGAGUCUGCCCACCCCUCUCCCCCCUCUCUGACCCCUGUCACUAUAAAUCCCUCUUCACCAGGCGCCUGUAUCGUAACGUCUCCAACACCACCACCUCCCGUUCUACCUACUAUCCCGUCUCCGCCCACUCUGACUAGCUCGCCUCGUUCUCAGCCUUCAGACUCGCCACCGCUGAGACCUCUUCCUGUUCUCUCUCCAAAAAUGUCUCCAAAAUCAGUUGAGAACAAGCCCCUGUUUGACUCGAAUGAGAAUUUCUCAACUGAGGAAAUCAAGGAGGAAUUUGAGGAUCAUGUUUCUGAGCCGAUGGAUGCCACAGACACUCCACUUGAAGGUCUUCCUGAUCAGUCUUUAUCACCAUGUCCUCCUACAGCACUAGAGGCUCCUUCAAAAGAACAAGAUGUUUUUCUGCCUGCAGCUUGCAACAGUCCGUUAAAUAAAAGCAUAAAGCAAGACACUGUUGCAGAAACAGAGACGCCUUUACAAACUGACCUUGCUGCUCUCCCAUCCCAACCAGAAUCCCCGUCAUCUUCAGAUUCUCCUCCUCCAGCAUUACUGGAGUCACCUCCAUCACUUGUUUCACAACCUUCCCCUCAAAUUAAAGUUAAAGAGGAGCCUCAGCACUGUGAAGACGAGUUUCCACUUGUAAAUCAUGCACCACUGGCUGCUGCUGACUCUUCUCCUCAGCCGGCUGCUCCUGAAAACCUGUCGGUCAAAACUUCCGAGGCUGAAGAAUUUGACUCAACAUACUGCAAGACUUUUGUGUGCAACGUCUGCGAGAAGCCGUUUAACUCCAUCAAGGAGCUCAGCGGGCACAUCACUGAGCACGCCGCAGACUGGCCUUUUAAGUGUGAGUUUUGUGUUCAGCUGUUCAGUGACGAGGCAGUCGUGCUGGCCCACCGGACAACUCUCCACGGAGUGGGCCAGAUCUUUGUGUGCUCUGUCUGUUCCAAAGAGUUUGCCUUCCUCUGUAACCUCCAGCAGCACCAAAAAGAUCUGCAUCCAAAUGAGACGUGCACACACACAACUGUAGAGAGUGGCAAACUUAGGCCACAGAAUUACACCGAUCCAACCAGAGCCAAAACGGAAAGCAGGCCCUCAUCAUUACCAGAAGAAACAGAUGAAAGUGCUUCACAGGGUGACUCUGAGAAAGUAAAAGAGGAGAAUGAUGUGAAUGGGGAUCAUGUGGAGGACCCCAACGAGGAGCUGUACACUACAAUUAAGAUCAUGGCUUCAGAGGGAGGUAAGCCCAAAGGCCCUGACGUCCGCCUCGGCAUUAAUCAACACUACCCCAGUUUUAAACCACCCCCUUUUCCUUAUCACAGCCGUUCCCACACAGGCUCCGUCGCCUCUGCUACGAAUUUCACUACCCACAACAUCCCACAGACUUUCAGCACUGCCAUCCGCUGCACCAAGUGUGGCAACAGCUUCGAUAACAUGCCCGAACUGCACAAGCAUAUACUGGUCUGUGCCAACGCUAGUGAUAAAAAGCGCUACACUCCCAAGAAAAACCCCAUCCCCCUCAAACAAAUAGUGAAGAGUCCAAAUGGAGUUGCUUCACCCACAGCAGCUACUGUGGCCCAGAAUGCUUUCCGAAGGAUGGGACAGCCAAAGAGACUCAACUUCGGUCAAGAGACUGCUAAAACAAAAAUGAGCGCCCUCAGUAAGAAGAAGAACCAGCUGGUCCAGAAAGCAAUUUCACAGAAAAAUAAAGCUGCUACUACUGCGAAAAAGGCUGCUGUCAAAGUUGAAGGAGAGCAGGCGUCCAGCGUCUGUCCCCACUGCAGCCGGGAGUUUACAUACACCGCUAGUCUGACUAAACAUAUGGCAAUCAGUUGCCCCAUGAAACCCGUCGUUGCUAAAAAGGGUAAAAAAGGUCUAGCGCAGGUGAAAAAGGAGUCUGUGUCUGUGGUGGAUAAAAGUACAAGUAGGAAGAAAGCCCCAGAUGACGAUGUACAAACAGAGCCAGAGGUUAAACCUCUGAAAAAGACAAGAGCUCGUAGUUCUGGUGCAGCAGACCCUGAUUCCUCCCAGACGAGCAAAGGAAAAACCUCUGCUGCGGUGGGUCGACUAAAAAGGCCUCCUUCAUUCCCAGCACCAGAUUCUGCUCGCAAAAAACCCAAGAAGGGCCAAGUUCAGCCUCUACCUCCCACCCCGUCGACCCCGGACACUCCCGGUGACACAGCACAACGACCAGCCAUGAGAAUGCAGCGCAUGAGCAAAGGGCCAGCAGCCAAGAAACCAGCAAAGGCCAAACCACCACAACUGAAAAAAGAGGAGCGGUUAUCUCACAGAAAGAGGGGGAGAGUGGGUGGUCCGGUCACCAGGAGCUUACAGAUGGCCAACAGUGCACCUCCUGCUGAGGUGAAGACAGAGGAACAACCAGUGCUGGAGCCAAAAGACUCUCAGGAUGUGCAGAUGAAGUGAGCCUCGGUGACGGCGUCGUCUUCCUCCUGGGAAUAUUGUGUUCACCUAUCGGACAACUUUCUGGACUCGAUGAGGCACUGAGGACGAUCUUCUCUGGUGGUUUUAAUUCACCUAAAACAAAUCUGCCUAUCUCUGCUGCCUUUCCUGGAUUUAAGGAGAGAUUGUUCUGUUUUUCAUCAAUUUUAUGGACUUAAACUGAGCCUUGAAUUCUGCCAGCCUU